AUGCAGUUCCAAGCUCUGGAUCGCGAGGCCACCAACAAACAGUCUAGCGUCUCGCCGCCCCGUCUCGCAUCUAGCCCAGUUCAUUCAUCCGCGCCGACGCGAAGCCGCCCACGAGAGAUGGCAAAGUCGGAUCCCGUCGUCAUCGUCGCCGCCGGCGCUUUUGGCCUCUCGGCCGCGCUGCACCUCACCAGAGCCGGAUACACCGACGUAACCGUGCUCGACAAGGCCGAGGCGGUGCCCCCCCCCCGGUAUUCCGCCGCAAACGACCUGAACAAGUUUGUCAUGGCCGAGUACGAAGAUGGUUUCUACAGAGACUUGGCGCUGGAAACCCCCGAGACCAGGAGAUCCCAGCGGUGA